CUCGGAACGGAAUGUCAGCUUGCCCUUGUCCCUACCCGGUCCCAUUAAGCGGUGCACUCUCAUUCUCUUAGCUGCUUUUGUUUUUCUGGUUUCAGAAUGGGUAAGAUGUGGGAGCUUCCAGAACGUCUUUAGAGAGUGAAUAAAGAUACCUUUGCCAUCAUGCCAACUGUGGUUCUUAUGGACGCUUCACUGUCCAUGACACGGCCUGUGUCACUGGAAGGCAGUGAGGAGUUUCAGAGGAAGAAUUUGGCUGUCCAUGGACUAACCAUGCUAUUUGAACACAUGGCCACAAAUUACAAGUUGGAGUUCACUGCACUUGUUGCCUUUUCAUCUCUUUGGGAGCUUAUGGUGCCAUUCACCAGGGACUACAACACUCUACAGGAGGCCUUGAACAAUCUGGAGGACUAUGAUAAAACCUGCCUGGAGUCAGCGCUGCAAGGAGUCAGUAACAUUGUGCAGCAGGAGUGGGGCUACACCUGUCCCUGCCAGGUGGUGUUGGUGACAGAUGGAGCGCUGGGUAUCGGUCGUGGUUCUCUGCGCCACUCGCUGGCCACACUGAAGCAUCGGGGAGAGGAAAAGAAAUUUCCAUUACCUUUCCCUUUCCCCUCCAAACUGUACAUUGUGUGUAUCGCCAGUGCAGAGGAGCUCCAAGCCACUGAUGCCAUGGACAAUAUGGAGCAGCUUCUCACGUUAAGUGGUGGAGAAGGACAGAUUUUUACUAUGGAUGGACCACUUUGUCUGAAAAGUGUUCAAACAAUGUUUGGGAAGUUGAUUGACCAGGCAUACAUCCCUUUUCAUGCUGUGUUGCGCUGUGGAAACCUAGCUUCUGAUGUGCAGGUGUUUCCAAGGCCAGAGCCUGUGCUGUUGGAUGAGGAGCUUGACCCGAUACCAAAAACAGUGCAAACAGAAUUGGAGAUUAUAGGUUUUAUUGAGAUUGGUGAUAUUGCGAGUCCUCCAGUCCUGUCCAGACACCUGGUCCUACCCAUAGCUGUUAACAAAGAGGCGGAUGAAGUGGGGGCGGGGGCCGCUGAUGAAAUAGAAGAGGAUGCAUCAACCAAUCAGAUGGCAGGAAAGAGCCCGAAUUUUUGUGUCCUUCUGCAUGGUAGUCUAAAAGUGGAAGGCAUGGUGGCCCUUGUACAGCUGGGGCCUGAUUGGUUUGGGAUGCUCUACUCACAGGCAGAUAGUAAGAAAAAGUCAAAUCUGAUGAUGUCGAUUUUCGAGCCUGGCCCAGAGCCUCUACCGUGGCUAGGGAAAAUCUCUCAGCUUGGACCCAUUUCAGAUGCACCAGAAAAUCCUUAUGGGGAGGAUGACAGCAAAAGCCCUUUUCCUGUCUUACCAAAAAACAAACGCAGUUAUGCCCAAAAUGUCACAGUCUGGAUCAAAGCCAGUGGACUGCAGACAGAUGUACAGAAAAUACUUCGAAAUGCAAGAAAGCUUCCAGAGAAAACUCAGACCUUCUACAAGGAGCUAAACCGACUGCGAAAAGCUGCACUAGGAUUUGGUUUCUGGGACCUGUUAAAAGGUGUGGCGGAGCUGUUAGAAAGGGAGUGCACCUUACUGCCUGACUCCGCCCAUCCGGAUGCUGCCUUCCAACUGUCCUAUGCUGCUCAACAACUCAAAUUGGCUAGUAGUGGAGACCCCAAAUAUGCAGCUUUUGAUCAUGUAAUAACACCCAUGCUCACUGACUUCUCCGGGGGAGGAAGUGGGACUGACAGGAUGUAG